AUGGACAACCGUACGGAGUACCUUGCUCGUCUCUCCAGAAAGCUCACUAUUGGAUCCCUCCACAUCCGCCACAACGACGAAUGGCGAAGAUGGGUGCGCAUCAGGGAUGUGCGUGCGAUAUGCGGGAGGAUGCUAUUACUGGACAGGUCAGGCAGCGAGGCAGCCGAGCUAGACGACAUGGGUGGUUGGUUCAGGGUUGUCAGGCUUGAGCCUUGUUGCGGCUCUGCCCCAAAUACGGCAUUCGCCGAAAACAUUGUUAUUUUUGACAAGGGGCAGCUCGAGAAAUAUGUUCGAGACCCGUGGGGCAGAGAAGGGAGGGCGUGGACCGUUGGGCAAACUUUCGAAAUAAAAAUCCUUCGGCAGGCGAUUUUUAGUCUUUUUGGUGGUGUAAAGGGUGGGGGGGACCAUCCAAAUGCUGAAGAAGUUGAGCUUCGGACCUGGUGGAUGGUGGUCGCGGGUGCAUUAUUGGGCCCGCACAUUUGCCAGAGUCUUGCCAAAAAACUUGCCAAUAUUGACAAGACAGGAGGGGACGAGCGGUGGAAUUCGCAUGGGAAAGAGCGACGCGCAUGGAAAGAGGGCGUCGGAAAGAGCGACUGUCUCGGCGGAAGGAGGGCCCUUGCCCUGUCCGAUGCUGAGGCUUAG